ACUCGUAAUAAGGUCACACAGAGACGGUUAGCAUCAGCUAGCACAGCUACUAAUGAAGUACUGGUUGUAGUUCUGUUGAUUAACUAUAAUAUAUUUAACCAGCGGACACGGGUUGAAGCAGUAAAUCAUGUCUGAAAGCACAGUUUGAACAGUCUAACAGCUGUUCCUCUCUCCAUUCACUCAACAUCUGUUCAACACCUGGAAACCUCAGACUCUCUCAGCCAAUCAGAGCUCCCCGUUCACCCCCUCACCUCAGAGACACCUGACAGAGGAGAGCGAGGAUCGGAGCCCUAAAACUCACCAGAGAGGAGACAAAUCGGAGCGUCGUGGUGCGUUCAGGGUCCUCUCUGAUGUGCUGAACUUUCCCCUUCACGUCCACACAGUCAGAGUUCACAGCAGCCUCUAGUUGUGAAGACACUCCAGCUUCCCGUCUACCCGGUUCUGAUCGGGGUCCGAAUCGGUCCGGAUGGCGCGGCACAGCAAGCUGCAGAAGCAGGUCCUGGUUCUGUACCGGCACUUCCUGCGGGCCGGUCGGGACAAACCGGGCUUCGUCCCGCGGAUCCGCGACGAGUUCCGAGAGAACGCUCGCAUCAAGAAGACGGACGUGAUGCACAUCGAGUAUCUGUUCCGCAGAGGACAGAGACAGCUGGACCAGCUGAGGGACGUCAACACCAAACAGCUGGGCUCCUUCUGCAAACCUGCAGAGAAGAGCUGACCUGGUCCCGAUCCUGAUCCUGGUCCCGAUCCUGAUCCUGGUCCUGACUCACACCAACAAACAAACCUCUCAACACUCUAAAACUGUCAUGCUGAGAUGCUGCAUUCAAGUCCAGUGGGAGAAACGAAUGCUCAGCAUGGAGGAAACAUGAGACGUGAUUAAUCGUGACAUAUUUUGGAUGUUAAAUAUGAAAUAUAAAUGCUUUGGACUCA